AGUACCGGAAGUACCGGAAGGGGACGGCGCGCUUCCGGCUACCGGGGGCUGAGGGGGCAGCAGCGGGGGCAGCAGCGGGCCGGGCGGCGGGGCCGUGCCGGGGGGCGCCAUGUCGAUGUCGCACCUGUACGGCGCGGAGGACGGCGUGGAGCUGGAGCGCUUCGAGGUGUCGGAGUGGGACCUGCACAACGAGUUCAACCCGCACCGCGCGCGGCACCGGCCCUCCAAGGAGGAGGCCACGUACGGCGUGUGGGCGGAGCGCGACUCGGACGAGGAGCGGCCCAGCUUCGGCGGCAAGCGCUCCAGAGACUACUCGGCCCCCGUGAACUUCAUCAGCGCCGGGCUGAAGAAGGCGGCGGCGGCGGCGGAGGAUGGGUCGGAGGAGGACUCUGAGGAAGAUGAGAAGCCCGCCAAGCAGGAGGAAAUGCCCAAGGAGUUCGUGCCAAAGAAGCUCAAAACGGGCGGUAACUUCAAGCCUAGUCAGAAAGGCUUCGUAGGGGGGACAAAAUCUUUCAUGGACUUUGGCAGCUGGGAGAGACACACCAAGGGAAUCGGGCAGAAGCUCCUCCAGAAGAUGGGUUAUGUUCCCGGAAAAGGUCUCGGGAAGAAUGCUCAAGGUAUUAUCAACCCGAUUGAGGCCAAACAGAGGAAAGGCAAAGGAGCUGUGGGAGCAUACGGCUCUGAACGAACCAGCCAGUCUCUGCAAGACUUCCCUGUUGUUGACUCAGAAGAAGAAGCUGAGGAGGAAUUUCAAAAAGAGCUCAGCCAGUGGCGGAAGGAUCCCAAUGGAGGCAAGAAAAAGCCCAAAUACAGCUAUAAGACAGUAGAAGAACUGAAAGCCAAGGGCAGGAUCAACAAACAGCUUUCAGCCCCUCAGAAGGAGCUGUCUCAAGUCAAGGUUAUAGAUAUGACGGGCCGGGAACAAAAGGUUUAUUACAGCUACAGUCAAAUUAGCCACAAGCACAACAUCCCAGACGACAGCCCUCAGCAGCCGCUGGGCAAAGACGCCAAGCCGCAGGGAUUUGCCUUGCCUGAGCUGGAGCACAACUUACAGCUCCUCAUCGACAUCACGGAGCAGGAGAUCAUCCAGAGCGACCGGCAGCUGCAGUACGAGAGGGACAUGGUCGUCAACCUGACCCACGAGAUUCAGAAGAUGUCUGAAGUCCUCUCGCACGAGGAGACCGCGAUCAGCAAUCUCAGCAAGGUCCUGGACAUGGUGGAAGAGUGCGAGAGACGGAUGCAGCCCAACUGUGAGAAUCCCUUGACCCUGGAUGAGUGUGCAAAGAUUUUUGAGACGCUCCAAGACAAGUACUACGAAGAAUACAGAAUGUCUGAUAGGGUAGACCUGGCAGUGGCAAUAGUCUAUCCUCUCAUGAAAGAUUACUUCAAGAACUGGGAUCCCCUCAAGGACUGUACGUACGGCACGGAGAUUAUAGCCAAGUGGAAGAGCCUUCUAGAAAACGACCAGCUCUUAUCGCACGGUGGGCAGGACCUCUCGACAGAUGCUUUUCACAGACUGAUGUGGGAAAUCUGGAUGCCGUACGUCAGAAACAUAGUAGCUCAGUGGCAACCGAGGAACUGUGGAUCGAUGGUGGAUUUCUUGGAUAGCUGGGUACACGUUGUUCCCGUGUGGAUACUGGAUAACAUUCUGGAUCAGCUCAUCUUCCCCAAGCUACAGAAAGAGGUUGAAAACUGGAAUCCUUUGACAGACACAGUCCCAAUCCAUUCGUGGAUCCAUCCCUGGCUUCCCCUGAUGCAGGCACGAUUAGAGCCGCUCUAUUCUCCCAUCCGAAACAAGCUGGCGAACGCGCUGCAGAAAUGGCAUCCCAGCGACUCCUCAGCCAAACUCAUCCUUCAGCCCUGGAAGGACGUGUUCACCCCUGGGUCGUGGGAGGCCUUCAUGGUCAAAAACAUCGUGCCUAAGCUAGGGAUGUGUUUGAACGAACUCAUAAUAAACCCGCACCAGCAGCACAUGGAUGCCUUCUACUGGGUGAUUGACUGGGAGGGGAUGAUUUCUGUCUCCAGUCUUGUCGGGCUGCUGGAGAAACACUUCUUCCCCAAGUGGCUGCAGGUGCUGUGCUCUUGGCUCAGUAACAGCCCCAAUUACGAAGAGAUUACGAAGUGGUACUUGGGCUGGAAGUCCAUGUUCUCAGACCAAGUGUUGGCACAUCCGUCGAUCAAAGACAAAUUUAACGAAGCUCUUGAUAUCAUGAACCGGGCUGUCUCUUCCAGCGUUGGUGGCUACAUGCAGCCGGGUGCUCGGGAGAACAUCGCGUACCUCACGCACACGGAGCGGAGGAAAGACUUCCAGUAUGAGGCCAUGCAGGAGCGGCGAGAGGCCGAGAACAUGGCCCAGCGAGGCAUCGGCAUGGCUGCCAGCUCCGUGCCGAUGAACUUCAAGGACCUGAUUCAGACAAAGGCAGAGGAGCACAACAUCGUGUUCAUGCCCGUGAUCGGCAAGCGGCACGAAGGGAAACAGUUGUACACGUUUGGACGGAUUGUGAUUUACAUCGACAGGGGCGUUGUGUUUGUGCAAGGAGAAAAGACUUGGGUGCCGACCUCCCUCCAGAGCCUCAUCGAUAUGGCGAAGUGAGGCUCCUGCUUCGACCUGUAAAGAUGAUCUCAAUGAUAUUUUUAGGGUAACUGUCUUAAAAUAAAGAAGUUACAGAUUUGUAAAUAA